AUCGUGUGUUGUUAUGUGCAGAUGUCCACCGUAUGGAAGUUUUUUUUUUACACAAGUUCCGUGAACUUAACACAGAGAACAUGUUCAGAAGUACAUUCCAAGGCGGCUUUCUGUCGAUAUUAUACAGCAUCGGGAGCAAACCUCUUCAGAUAUGGGAUACCAGGGUGAAGAAUGGCCACAUAAAGCGAGUCACAGACAAUGACAUCAACUCGCUUGUGCUGGAAGUGGAGGGUGCAAAUGUCAGUACAAACUACAUCACAUGUCCAGCAGACCCCAGGCAGACACUGGGCAUUAAGAUGCCAUUUCUUGUGAUGAUUGUCAAGAAAACCAGGAAAUAUUUCAGCUUUGAAGUCCAGGCACAGAAACAGGUCUUAGAUGAUCAGAAUUUACGCAGACGGUUUCGGGCAAGUAAUCACCACAGCAAGACGCAAGUGAAUUCAUUCAUGUGCACCAUGCCAAUUAAUGUUGAUGACCGCUGGAACCAGUUUCAGUUCAACUUGGCCGAUAUUACCAGAAGGGCUUAUGGAACCAGUUAUGUGGAGACGCAGCGUGUGCAGAUUCAUGCAAAUUGUCGUAUCAGGAGGGUGUAUUUCACAGAUAAACAGUACACAGAGGACGAACUCCCGCCAGAGUUUAAACUGGUUAUUCCUGUCAAGAAACAAGAUGCAAGCAAAAAGGGAGGUUCCAGAGCUGCUCCGUUCCCACAGACCUAAAGCAAUUUAGAGCACAAUUUGAUGUGAAAACAUUAGAUUACACCUAAAACACACAGUGUAAUAUUGUCCUUUUAAGCAAUACACUCAAUGUUAUCGGUGGGAUUUUCUUAUUUUUGUAAACAAAAAAACAAACCCACUGAAUUGCAUGAUUUAAUUUGAAGUAUUUUGUUAUAUAAUUCAACAUUAUUCAUGUUGUGAAUUAUGUCACUGUUGUUGCCACAGAGAUACAGCGAGACUGGAAGAGUCGCAGAAAAGCAUACUGUAUGACUUUAUGUGAAAAUGUAUUUCUCCAUUCAUGGAUCACACUCAGUUUCUUAUUAGAGAACAGGAAGUUGUACAAAAAGUACUGAAACAUUAAAAAAA